GCAACAUGUCGCGUGUUUGUGUGUUGGCUUGACAACCUAAUGUUUUGUGUAAAUGUUCGUUAAUCACAGGACUAUUUUUUCACUUUACUUCCAUUCGGUUUAUCAACCAGUGUAGCAGUGAAUUUUCACUCGUUUUCUAUUUAUUAAGUUACAAAAAUUAACAUAAGUGGCCGAUUUGUACUUCUAUACUUACCUCUCUACAUAAAUAUACGCCAGACGUAGUCUUGGAAAUGGAUGUAAUCAGCGAAAUCAAUGAAAAAUAUUCCGCAUUGGAGGCAGAAAUCGACAGAAGGUUGGACAAAAUCAAAAUAGAAGAAAAGAAAUUGGAGAAGUUGCAAGAGCAAAGAGCGAGCAAAACAUCAGCACAAACUACUAAAGUUCUCUCGUAUGAGGAGUCACUUGCGAGAAAUACAAAUUUGCUUAAGUCAUUGGAGAUAGCCAAAGCGCGGUUACGUUCACGUUCGACUUUCUCGCCAGUUGAGCAAAUACUGGAAAAGGCAAUAGCAAACUAUAAGAGGGACUUGGAAACGUCACAGCAAUUAUCGUCACGUUUCAAGCAAGUGCAAAUUUAUGAAGCGUCACCUAUGCGAGGCACUGCCAGAGAAGAUGGAGUACAACUGAAAUGAGUGCAAGUGAUGCACAUACACACAUAUACAUACACAUUUUUAAGUACUUAUUUAAUAAUAAUAAUAAAUGUAAUAAAUGUAUAAACUUGUACGCAAAUGAUAUCAUAUUUCAUAAAACUGCUGAAUAAAACUGUUAAAUAAACAAAUAAAGAACAA